CCAGGUCCAGCGCCGCCUCCCUUCCAUUCCCCGUCCAGCGCCGCCGCCCGCCCGCCCGUCUCACCCCCGUCAAGCGCCGCCGACCGUCUCACCCCCGUGCAGCGUCGCCUCCAUUCCCCGUCGAGUGCCGCCCGUCUCACCCCGUCAAGUGCCGCUUCCUUUCCCCUUCCGCGUUCAGCGCCGCCUCCGUCCCCCUUCCAGCGCCGCCUCCGUCCCAGCCCAGCGCCGCUCCGCCUACAUUCCCCGUCCAAGUGCACUCUCAUUUCUCACCUGCUCGUUUGUUCAUCUCGCCAUGUCAUUCGCAGGCGUGUCCCUGAUCCAAGACGGCAAGCUAUGGCCUUCCACGUCGGCCAUCAGCGACGCCGGCUCUGCCAGUGGGUACCACCUGCUUGUAGUCGAAGGCUACUCGCGCACCAAGGCCGACUUUCUCAACGGCUAUGACAUCGAAUCUCGCUCCUUCAGAGUUGGAGACUAUCUCUGGCUUCUCCGGUACUACCCGAAUGGCUCGUCGGGCAACGCCGGCUUCAUCUCCGUGUCUUUAAUCCUUGCUCAGCAUGUUACAAUGCCCGUAAAGGUGAAGUACGAGUUCAGUUUCAUCGACCAGGCCGAGAAACAGGGGCCAUCACACAUUCGCAAGCGCGGAGCAUAUGACUUCCGUGUCAAAUAUGGUGGUUUGUGCUCAACAGAAUUUAUAAAGACGGAAGCCCUGGAGAAUUCAAAGCACCUCAAGAAUGAUAGUUUCACCAUCAGGUGCGAUGUCCUCGUCAUCGAGGGUGGUGACGCCAAGGGCACCACUUCACCGUUCAUCACGGUGCCACCACCGGACAUGCACCGUCACUUCACCGAUCUCCUGAUGGCCAAGGAAGGCACGGACGUCAAAUUCAAGGUCGGUACCGAGCCCUUCGCCGCGCACCGAUGCAUCCUCGCGGCCCGGUCUAGAGUCUUCAAGGCUGAGCUGUUCGGCCCGAUGAAAGAGGGCAGCACGGCGACUGCGGAAGCCAUAACUGUAGACGACAUGGAUGCUCGAGUUUUCAGGGCAAUGCUUGCGUUCAUUUACAGUGACUUGGAGCCAGAGCUGGGGAAGGAGGAUGAUGAAGGUGUGAUGUGGCAGCACCUGCUGAGUGCAGCGGAUAGGUAUGAUCUCCAACGGCUGAAGCUCAUAUGUGAAGAUAAGCUGUGCAGGUUCAUCGAUGUGAACACCACGACGUCCAUCCUGGCUCUAGCUGAGCGCCACAGUUGCAACGGGCUGAAGAAGGCAUGCUACGAUUUUCUGGGUGCUCCGGGAAAGCUGAAGGCUGUCGCGACCACUGAUGGAUUUGAUCAUCUGAUCACGAGCUGCCCCUCUGUUAUGAAGGAGUUGAUUGCCAUGCUUGCGCCUUAGUGUUCAUAUCUUUACAUUCCAGUUGUUAUCUACCGGUUCAAAUUGUGUUUGUGAAUUUGCUGAAUCUUUAUUGGACUUGCCUGUUGUGUAGUCAUUAUCUUUUGGUUUUCCCCGUGAUAGAAUGCUUCUGAUGAAUUGGUAAGUGCUGCAUCAUCUGUGGUCAGUUUCUCUAUUCCUUACUAGUAUGUGGU